AUGCCGAAUCUGGACGUGCCGGCAUGCUUUUUCGAUUUCAACAGUCCCGAAGACCUCAUCCUUCAUGAAACAAACCAUCGAAAACAAAUUUGCCACUCUCCAGGUUGCCAAUAUCCCCUCUUUAGCUCAGCAAAGAUACUAAAAGACCGCAUGGGAAAAUUUCAUGUUCAAAGAAGCCGGACAGUCCCGCGAAAGUCAAUCAAGAAACAUGUACAACCAAGUGGCCCUACUUUAAAUUUCUCUUUCCCAUCGCCACCCUCAGUGCAAGAACAGCAGCGAUUCAAUGGGUCGCUAGGUAUCGGUGAACAUUUCGUUAAACGGUUCUCUCAUGAGUCGCCAGGUAUUGUUCAACUAAAUUAUAAUAAAAUGCUAGAUUUUGUUAAGCCUUUUGAACGGGCCUCUGAUACUCUACACAGUUUUGAUGACCUGUACACUGCUGAUAUUUUACGGGGGGACAUCAAUAUAUCUGCAUUUGAUGAUGCCGAUUGA